UUGUUGCUAUUUAAGACACGGAAGAAAAACUGCGCACUCGCUAAGGCAGAUGAAGAUCAUUCGUGUAAUUUUUAAGUAAAGUGCAUAACGCAAAAAUGACAAUUUACUGUAUGGGGAAAAUCUAAGGGGGGAAAUAAGCGCCUUUACUUCCUCGUCCAUUUAACAUGGACCUGUGACUGAAAGCAACAGUGUUAUGGCGUGUGUUUUAGAUAUGAGGAUGGUUAAAUUGAUGAUAUUCUUUGCACAGCUAAGUCUUACACUCGUUUCUUCUAUAGAAAACACUACUAAUUGUUCGGAAAACUGCACUACAACAUCAGAAGAGAGUUCACUUAAUCCAUCUGGAACAACUUACUCCACGGAGGCGACUAACGUGCCUGUCUCCGCUUACACUACAUCAGAUACAGACAAUGCAACGGACGACAACUCUACAUUUCAUACCACAGACAAUGGCUCUUCAACACUCACGUCCCACACCACCACCAAGUCACCCAGUGCCAACUCAAGCAUCACCACCACGCCACCCAGUACCAACUCAAGCAAGGUCAACAACCCCGACUUGUGUGCAGUAAAUUUGAUAGUGGUGGCGGUGGCUGGAGGUGUUGUGAUUCUGUGUUUCAUUUGGAGUAUUUUUGUUUACUGCCGCUACAAACGAAAACUAAAUCGUUUACCGUUUGAAAAGAAGAUGUCAGCAAAAGAUAGUGUUCGGCUAAAUGAAAUGAAUGGAAGGAAGGUCUCUGCUGCACAUGAUGCACCUAAAAUAGAUGGGAUAGACCGGAAGUUUAGUUAUGAUAUGCACAGUGGGGGAAACGAACAUGAAGACCAAUUGAGUGAUACGUAUGACGUCACUGAACCGGAUUACGAAGAUGCUGAUGCUAAAUUGAAUGUAAAGGUCUCUAAGAAACCAAGUGAAAUGAACGACGAUGAUGAAGAUGAAGAAGACAGCCAAUAUGAUGUUCUAAAUAUUGAAGACGAGAACACUAAAACGAAGCGCAGUAGCAACUACGAGCGUGCGGAGUUUAAGACUUCAAAUGAAGGUGUAGACACCUAUGAUACCACUGAAACGUGCAACAGAAUCGUCUGCGAUGAGGAACAUGAUCGUCAGCAAAAGGAUCAGAUCAAUGGAACGGAACACCAAUCCAAAGUAACAAGUGAUUGUACUGCGAGUGAGCCAUCUAAUGGUAGUCAAAUCAAAACUUCCGAAUCCAACAAGCAGGUGGUCGACUCUUCAGAAAACCAGAUACCUGUGUCAGACGGCCAGACAGGGGAUACAAUUAUACCCCAAACAACAGCAUCAACAACCCUGAAUAAUAACGAAUCCCGUGAACCGCCACAUUCCGGUGAAAAGGCAGUGAAAACAGAGCUGGUUGGUGGAGACAAAGCUACACGUAAUGACUACGAGUUCGUUAAACACGUUGAGACGGCAAACCCUGAGAAUAAAACUUCAGAGGACAUUGUGAAAAACGAGACAUCUACCGAAAAUAAACAGGGAGAUAUCAAAGUCUAACAAGAUAAUCAUAUUCUGUAGUGUUUGGAAACAUUGGUAUACAUGUACCAGAGUACAGUUAGAAGCACAACAUGUCCCUGUUAUGGAGUAGCUGCAUCAGUACAUGUUUGGGUACACUAUAUAUGUACAGGUAUUUGUACAAGCUAUAAUCAGCAUGUACGAAUGUUUUUUUGUUUUUUUUUUGUAAAUUCUAUAGAUCUUAUGACACAAAAAUCAUACGUAACGUAAUAAUCUGACAAAAAUGGACCAUCGUCGCUAGCCACGGUUACUGAGUCCGGUAGUACAUACACUAUCUCAAACUGUGGCUGCAUGAUCAGCGAAAUCCUCAAUUUUCAUAAAUAUUUAUGAAAUGACGCAAUAAUUUGUUUUGACCAAUCACAGUCACAAUAACAGAUUUCCCAUAUUUUAAUGGCUGCGCCCACAAUUAAAACGUGCAGUAUUUGUUUACAAGUACAUGUAUUAACUGGCAAAAAGGCUACAGACCCCUGUUUACAGACGCAAGUAAAGUAAAGCAUCCAUUAAAUGAAAUUCGCAUUAACAGCCGUGGUUACGUUUGUAAAUUCUGUGUUGAUAAACGUAAUCGUAUUUUCAAACUUGAUGAGGAAAUUCGGGGUAAAGUGGAUGUGUUGAAAUCUGAAAGACUAGAGUUGAUCGGGCAUUUAUCUAAAAAGCGUGGCGUGGUUACGCAUAUUAUAUGGUAAAUCUAUUACACCGGUGAAGUCAACAAAGAACAGUCCAUUAGUUACAACGGCUAAAAAGUGUCUAAUUCUUAAUUGGCAAUCCUCGGGUUAUUCUUCUACGAGCACGCAAUGACCUCCGAGUGAUUAUUCUUGCCAUCAAUCAAAAUCAUGGACGCUCACCGAUUGGUUAACUAAUAAACAUAAAUAUUCAUGAAGUCGAGGAUUUUGUUUAAUCAUAUAGCCACGACAUUUGACGUAGUGUAAACGGAGACAAUAGGCGUGGCUUGCGACGAUCAAAAUGGACUUGUAUAGAAAAUCUUAAGGUAGGUUUAAUUUAUAUGAUGAUUUAAUUCAUUCAUUUGAUCAAUGUGUAAUAAAUGAAAACCUAGACAAAAUGAUAACUGAUAUGUUUGUAUAAAGAAUAAAGAAUUGUAGUGGC